CCCGAGGGGUGGUGCGCCCCGCUGCAGAGGAGCGUCAUGGCUGCUUGGAGACCGCCCCUGGUGGAGGAGCUGCUGGCCGAGGCCCGGCGGGCCUUCCGGGAGGAGUUCGGGGCCGAGCCCGAGCUGGCCGUGUCGGCGCCGGGCCGCGUCAACCUCAUCGGGGAGCACACGGACUACAACCAGGGCCUGGUGUUGCCCAUGGCUCUGGAGCUUGUGACCCUGAUGGUUGGCAGCCCUCGAACAGAUGGACUUGUUUCUCUUCUCACAACCUCUAAAGAUGCCGAUGAGCCCCAGAGACUGCAGUUCCCACUACCUACAGCCCAGCGGACCUUGGAACCUGGGACUCCCCAAUGGGCCAACUAUGUCAAGGGAGUGAUUCAGCAUUACCCAGCUGCUCCCCUCCCUGGCUUCAGUGCAGUGGUGGUCAGCUCAGUACCCCUGGGGGGUGGGCUCUCCAGCUCAGCAUCUCUGGAAGUGGCCACGUACACCUUCCUCCAGCAGCUCUGCCCAGACUCGGGGGCAGUAGCUGCCCGGGCCCAGGUGUGUCAGCGGGCCGAGCACAGCUUCGCAGGGGUGCCCUGUGGCAUUAUGGACCAGCUCAUCGCACUGCUGGGGCAGAAAGGCCAUGCGCUGCUCAUUGACUGCAGGUCCCUGGAAACAAGCCUGGUGCCAUUGUCAGAUCCUAAGCUAGCUGUGCUCAUCACUAACUCCAAUGUCCGCCAUUCUCUGGGAUCCAGUGAGUACCCUGUGCGGAGACGUCAGUGUGAAGAAGUGGCACGGGCUCUAGGCAAGGAGAGCCUUCGAGAAGUGCGGCUAGAGGAGCUUGAAGCGGGCAGAGAGCUGGUGAGCAAGGAGGGCUUCCGGAGGGCACGGCAUGUGGUAGGUGAGAUCCAGCGUACAGCCCAGGCAGCAACUGCUCUGAGCCGUGGGGACUAUCGGGCAUUUGGCCGCCUCAUGGUGGAAAGUCACAACUCCCUCAGGGAUGACUAUGAGGUGAGCUGCCCAGAGUUAGACCAACUAGUGGAGGCUGCGCUCUCUGUGCCUGGAGUCUAUGGCAGUCGCAUGACGGGUGGUGGCUUUGGAGGCUGCACAGUCACACUGCUGGAGGCCUCUGCUGCUUCCUGCGCCAUGCAGCACAUACAGGAGCAAUACAGCGGCACAGCCACCUUCUACCUCUCUCAAGCCGCCGACGGAGCCAAGGUGCUGAGCCUGUGAGAUGCGCCCCUGGGACAGAUGGACACACAGUAACAGGGCAGAGGCAGUGGGUCCUGCAGCUCUGCCUUGGGCAUCCACCUUCUGCAUCUGGGUGCUGAAUAAAGUUGUGCGUCUUACUGUGGUGGCCA